AUGCAAAGAUGUUGUGCGCGGCCCGGGGAGGCGUUUAAGGCGGUCGACGUUCGCUCACGCCCGCGCUUCAGUUGUCGGUGCUCUGCCGCUCGCACAGGGCGGCCGAUCUUUGGUGGGCGCCGGUUGGCGCUGAGCGGACUGAUUGGCACGCUGCUGUACCCGCAGCUCGCGGCUGCAGACGAGGCAGAAAUGGAUGAACCCACGACUGAGGAGCAACCGCCUGCCGAGGAGCAGCCGCGUCGCCGCAAGAAGAAGGUCGUGAAGAAGAAGAAAGAAGACAUAUCCACGAAGAUGCCGCCCAAGGACGGAGAAGAGCCAGAGACGAAUCUGACCGUGUUGUCGAAGUCUGAUGUGGCGCGGUUGAACUCCACGCAGCGGCAGAUAUAUGAAUUCAACACGCGCAUCCAGCGGCAAAACAACGCGCCGGAGGACUUCCCGCACUUCGUGCGAGAGGGCUUCGAUAUGAUCAUGCUUCUCGAUGGUUACGAGGUCGACUCCGAUGGCCUCAUCUAUAAAGACUACAAGGUGGGCGACGGUGUGCAGCCCGUCGACGGGCAGCAGGUGACGUUCGACUACGUGGCGUACAAUGAGGCCGGCGGGCUCAUCGACUCGACGUAUCGCAAGGGCCAGGUCGCCAGCUCACGUCUCGGCCAGGGUGGCAUGAUUCCGGGCUUCGAGCUCGGAGUGAAGGGCAUGAAGGCAGGCGGACUGCGAAGAAUCAUCGUGCCUCCGAAGCUCGGCCCGCCCGUCGGCCCGCAGACGUUUUUCUCCGCGAAGCAGUUCGAGGUGUUCGACGUCGAGCUCAGAACGGUCAAGGACUGCAGGCGGGAAACGUCUGGCAUGCUGUCGAAACUCAUCUGCGAGUAG